GAAGAAAGUUUAAAGGGACGGUAUUGUGUCUCUGAUGCCUCAUGUUGUUGGUGCUUUUUGCAGGGUUACUUUUUCCCUCGGAGGGUUUUGUAGCUUUUUUUAGUGCAAAGUUUCACCCUUGAAAAGUUCCGUGGAAACAAAAGCUGCUUUUUUUACCAUCUUAUUUUCUCUCUCUUUCUCUAUCUCUCACUCUUUCUUUCUCUGUUCUAUCUAUAUCUAUGUAUCUUGGAGCUGCUCAGAAGCUUCAUACUGUUCUUGUGGAAAAAAAACCAUUCAACAACAGUACCAUUAAUUAAUACAGAAGGGGACAUGUCUAAUAAGGAUCCGGGUAUUAGGCUCUUUGGCAGGAAGAUUCCGUUGCCGGAAUCUCAGAUUCCGGCCAGUUCUCAGAUGGGAUAUCAGAUUCAGGCCAACUCUGCAACCAUGCUUAAAUUUCAGAAUGCUUACAAUGGCUUAAAGAAAAAAGAAGUUGAAAUGCCCUGUACUGAAAACUCUGAGCAACUAGAGAAUUAUUCUGAUUCAACGGAUAGCAAACAAGAGACCCUAUAUAAUCGGCAGGAAAAUGAGUCAAAAGUAAAUUCCAAAACAGUGGAAAAUAAUACAGAGAGUAGCAGUACAGAUCAAGAUAAAAUCUUCAAGAAACCAGACAAAAUUCUGCAUUGUCCUCGAUGCAACAGUUUAGACACCAAAUUCUGUUAUUUCAAUAACUACAAUGUGAACCAACCUCGGUAUUUCUGCAAGAACUGCCAAAGGUACUGGACUGCAGGUGGAACCAUGAGAAAUGUUCCAGUGGGUGCGGGGAGACGAAAGAACAAGCACCUAGCUUCUCAAUACCGGCACAUUAUUGUAUCUUGUGACGGAAUUCCAACUACAAGUGACUCUUCUUGUCACCAACUUGCCACAACACUUCAAUCUGCUGCUGUUUUCAGGUCUUCAACAGAUAAUGGUACUGUGUUGAAAUUUUGUCCGGAUGCCCCUCCUCUUUGUGAAUCCAUGGAGUCAAUGCUUAAUCUUAAAGAACAAAAUCGAAGUGCUGAUGAAAAUACUGUCAAUUAUGCAGAAAAAGGGGAGGAGGAAGUAUCCUUAUGUGGAUCAUCAUCUAUGACCAAUGCUUACACUCCAAGAAACAAAUCAACUGAACCAACUGCAUCAAAACCUAUGCAGUGUUAUCCUGUUCCUCCGUGGAUAUUCCCUUGGAAUCCAGAUUGGAACAAUGUUGCUUCCACUGCAUCACUUCACCCCUCUUCACUACAAAUGUGUAACCCUUAUAACAGUGCCGACCCUGCUUCAAUGCAGUGGUGUCCUACACCGAUCAUGGCAGUUCCAACAAUUUGCCCACCAAGCUUUCCCUUGCAAUUUGUUCCUGGAUCAUACUGGAGUGGACCACCUGUGUAUGGUGGUGGAACAGGAGCUGCUUCAAUGGGUUUCAAUGCCUGCCUUUCACCUACUUCCUCUACCAGUAAUAGCUGCUGCUCAGGCAACGGCUCCCCAACACUUGGCAAACACACAAGAGACAAUCUUUCAACAGAUGAAGAAAAAUCAGACAUGUGUAUCUUGGCCUCAUCAGGAACCAACCCUGAAUGUGUACCAGAAGGUACUAUUUCAAAAAGGGCAAAGCCUAGAGAAGGCAAAGACCGUGUUUUGGGUGUGUCUCAAAUCUUGGAAGCUAACCCUGCAGCUAUUUCUCGUGCUCAUGCAUUUCAAGAGGGCAUGUGAUGAGUUUCUAACCUCCACUUAAUCUUGUGCAUAUUGCUUGGUUCACAAGCAUAAAAUUUGUUUUGCAGGUAGCAUUUUUGGUUUGUGCAAUCCACUUUGUAACUACAUAUUCUGUUGUUUUAAAUUUAUUUUUGAAUUAUGAUCUCUGAAAUUGUUCAUUCUU